ACACAAACGCCAUCUUGACAGCAGCCUUAAAAUGGCAGAGAAAUGCCAGGGAGAAACCGAACUACUGACAAGGUUUCUUUUAUUAUUUUGAAAAGACAGUCCCUUUCCUAAUUUUCUACAAACGUAGCUAGGGGGUUGAUGGCCAGUGAGAAAGCCGAAAGACGUUAAAAUGGAAAUCACGACGGCGGUUUUCAACGCGGCCAGAGAUGGUAAGCUGAAACUUAUCCAGAAGUUGCUGAGUAACAAAAGUCCCGAGGAGUUGGAGGCUCUCGCCGAGGAGAAAACGCAGGGAGGCACCCCUCUCCUCAUUGCCUCUCGAUACGGACACUUAGAGGUUGCCGACUAUUUGCUUGAACAUUGUAAAGCUAACGUGGAACUAGGAGGAUCGGUGAACUUUGACGGCGAGACGAUUGAAGGGGCUCCCCCGCUAUGGGCGGCUUCGGCGGCGGGUCACCUCCCUGUCGUCCGCACACUCCUUAAACACGGUGCCUCUGUCAACAACACUACGCUGACCAACUCAACGCCCCUCCGUGCUGCCUGCUUCGAUGGUCACCUGGAGAUUGUCCGCUACCUGGUGGAACACCGAGCCGAUAUGGAGGUAGCCAACCGCCACGGCCACACCUGCCUGAUGAUCUCAUGCUACAAGGGCCACAAAGAGAUAGCCAAGUUCCUCUUGGAGCGGGGGGCCGAUGUCAACCGCAAGAGUGUGAAAGGCAACACUGCACUCCAUGACUGUGCCGAGUCUGGUAGCCUGGACAUCAUGAAGAUGCUGCUGAAAUGCAAUGCCCGCAUAGAGAGGGACGGAUAUGGCAUGACCCCUCUCCUGGCCGCCAGCGUCACGGGGCACACAAACAUUGUGGAGUACCUCGCCCACCAGCCCCACUCCUCGCGAGAAGAACGCGUUGAUGCUCUCGAACUCCUGGGGGCCACCUUUGUGGAUAAGAAGAGAGACCUCCUGGGGGCCAUGAGAUACUGGAGGAGAGCCAUGGAGCUGAGACAACCAGCUGACAAGGUGGGACUCCUGGCCAAGCCCCCUCCGGGUCCCCCUGUCCCUGCCUAUGACUGUGCCCGUGAGGUGAGCACAGCCGAGGAGCUGGAGGCUCUGAUCACAGACCCCGAUGAGAUGCGGAUGCAGGCCCUGCUGGUCCGAGAGAGAAUCCUGGGGCCCUCGCACCCCGACACCUCCUACUACAUCCGCUACAGAGGGGCCGUCUACGCCGACUCAGGAAACUUUGAGCGGUGCAUUAGCCUGUGGAAGUAUGCCCUGGACAUGCAACAGAGUAACCUGGACCCCCUCAGCCCUAUGACGGCCAGCAGCUUCCUGUCCUUCGCCGAGCUCUUCUCCUUCGUGCUGCAGGACCGGGCCAAGGGCACCCUGGCUACGCGAGUCACCUUCCACGACCUGAUGGGGGUGUUGGGGAAGAGUGUGAAGGAGGUGGAGAGGGCGGUGGCCCAGAGGGACAGCCCUCCCGAAGCCCCCCAGUUCACCAAGGCCCUGUCCAUCAUCCUCCACCUGGUGUUCCUGCUGGAGAAGCUGGAGUGCACCGCAGAGCAAGAGCACCAGAAGAAGCAGACAGUGUACCGCCUCCUGAAGCUGAACCCGCGGGCGAGGAGAGGCUUCACCCCCCUACAUAUGGCCGUGGACAAGGACACCACGUCGGUGGGCCGCUACCCUGUAGGUCAGUUCCCCUCCCAGACCGUGGCCUCGCUGCUGCUGGAGUGCGGGGCGGACGUGGACUCGCGGGACUGUGACAACAACACGCCCCUGCACAUCGCCGCCAGCAACGGUUUCCCGGAGAUCAUGGCGUUGUUGGUGAGGGCAGGGGCACACUUCGACGCCACCAACUCCCAGAGGAAGACCGCAUACAACCUGCUGGACGAACAGAGCAACGGGCACCCGGCCCUCUUCCCCCUCAACUACGUCACUCUGCAGUGCCUGGCGGCACGCGCCAUUGAGAAGCACAGACUGCCCUACAAGGGCCUCAUCUCUGAGGAGAUGGAGGUGUUUAUUGAGCUGCACUGAAACCACCCUCUUUGCUAAAUAUCCCCACCCUGUCCCCAUCAUUGCCCCAGACGCCUUUUAAACCAUUCAACAUUGACCCCCAUCUUCACCCCACUUCACCCAUGACCCCCUUACUCCCCUCACCUUACCCAAGCCCACCUCCCUUCCCUAUGGUUAUUCUUCUCUCUGUGCCUCUCCUAACUCCAGACUGUGAGCUCUGUCUCAGAUUCAGACCAAAUCACAGCAAUAAUCCUCCCGGCCACUAAACAUUAUACUGACAACAAACUGGGAGCAUCUUAAUUGUGGCUACAUGCUCUCUUUAGAUGACCUAUGAUUAACACAUGGACACGUUCUAAGUGCUAGGUUGCUAUUCGUUUGCAGGUGGGGGAAAAAAACCUUGACUUGAUUUUAGGCGUUUAUGCUUUCUGUUUGACAUUUUUCUUCUGUUUUUCUCAAUAAGAUGGAGGACUGCUCACAGAAAGAACAGUAUGGCGGUGCCUGUAUGUAUUGGGUGCUGGCUUGUUUUUAGGUGGGAAUGGAAGCUGUAUUACUUGAUAGGACAUGAUCAAAUAUUGCAUGACAUGAGCCUUAAAGAGUGAAUAGGAUAGUUUGUUUGUUAAAUCUGUCUUGUAAGUUUAUCAAGAAGCAUCCUUUGUACAAACAAAGUACACACGGUGUGCUUGGCUGCUUGGCAUCGAUGUAUUGUUAUCAUCAAUUGAGCAUUAUUUAAUCCCCUGCCUUUUACUUUGACAUUUUAAGGAGUGUUUGAAAACCAUUUUAUGCCAAAACUCUAACCUUAUAUCGGUUCUCUAAAUGUGUGAUCUUACAGGUUAGCCUUAUCUUACUGAACUAGCUUACUACGAAUGGAGCACCUAACAACCGUGGAGUGCAAACUAGCAUGGGAACUCUCAUAAGAAUACAGUGUGUUCUAGCCUACAUCUCUUCUUUAGCUCUGUCUAGACUGUGCGACGUGUUUUACAGCUUGGUCAAUCUCUGGAAGUCUCCCUCUGGACAGCUUGGAUACUGUGAGAAAGGAGAGAUUUCUCUCCAUCUCCUCCUGAGUGAAUGUUUAUGGACUGUUGAUCCCAGUAUCAGGUAAUCUAUUCAAGCCUAGCUAUCUUCAGCCCAUGGAAUCUAUGCAGUCACGCAUUGUUGAUAUCAAACCCAGAGUUGCUACUAUUAACCACCGAUGCAGGUGAUGAGGAUGGGGAAUGGAUCACACACUGCAUCUUUUAGUCUUAUUCUUUCUUCUUUUUGGACAGUCUCAGUUUUGCGUUGGCUUGUUUUUAUCAUACAUGCUUUCAUUUGUUUCUGUUUCUAUGUAAAAACCCACCUGAUUGAAUGCACUUUGAAAAAACAAAACCCUAAAGGGUAACUUUACAACAUCUGGGCUAUGGACUCUGAGCCUUUCUCUCAACAACUGAUUUAUUCAUUUAACUGAUGGUAACUUCAGAACAAAACUGUGUUGAGGUACUUGAAUAAAAUUCAGUAUCCCUGCAGAAGGUGGGUGUUUGUAUUGGCUAGAGGAUGCUUUGAAUCUCUGUAUUGAUAUAUAUAUAUAUAUAUAUAUAUAUAUAUAUAUAUAUAUAUAUAUAGGUGUUGUUGUAGAGCAGUUGACUCCUGAAAAGCGCAAAGUCUGUUAAAUGCAAUACAAUUCCGUUCUCCAGUCUCAAUUCAGUUACAUUCAUUCCAAUCACUUCUGAUAACUGCUUAAAUCACACUAUUACAACAAUCCCAAGCCAUUGUUUUCAUUAGCAGUAGACUGUAUCUCCUCUCACCUUAACCCUCUCACUGUGUUCCUUUUCCUAUGCCGCAUGUACAGGGCUGGCCAGGCCAGUGGCCACCCCACUGGUCAAAGAGGGCUGGUCAGAGGGGUUAUGAAGGAGUAACAGACAGCGAGACAGACUAACACUCGUAUUACGGAGGCCCUUAUAUUUAGAUGGAUUGAAAUAGGCCUGAUGGAAGAACACACUAUACCUCCCUGCUCUACGGGUUCCUAUGCAGCUUACCUAUUAAAGACCGAUGACUACACUUAACUGAUAAGGGUUCAAGUUUGAGCCCUAGGCCUUCCCUGCUGGUGUGGUUAUUUCUAGGGACAUGGGAGUUUUUCGUGACCUGGCCCUGAAAAACUCUGGGCCCUAUUUGUAGUCUGUCGUUUGGGGUCCAAGGCAUUUCUUAUUGGUCAUGUCAUAUUUUCAGGAAAGCCACCUGGCUCUAUUUAUUGUUAAAGGCUAGAAGGGAUACAGCUUUUGUCAAAUUGAUGACAAAAUGUGUCAAAAGAUAUAUUCCAUCUAGUCAAAAUCAUAUUUAUUCCCCUCCCUCACUCUCUACAUUUUAGUCAUUUAGCAGACACUCUUAUCCAGAGUGACUUACAGGAGCAAUUAGGGUUAAGUGCCUUAUUCAAGGGCACAUCGGCAGAUUUUUUUGCCUAGUCUGCUCAGGGAUUGGACCUUUCGGUUACUGGCCCAACCCUCUUAACCGCUAGGAUAGCUGCCCCUUUUCCACUGCGUGUCAUAUUUGGGUUGUCACCACAGUCUACCUUCACUAUGGGUAGUAACUAAUGCCUGUGAUUUGUGUUAGAUUGCCCUUUUACAUUUCUGUUAUGUUUCUAAAUUAUAUUUUAUUCCCGUAUCAAAUGUAUUUUAUUCCAUUAUAUUUUGUCCUCAAGUGACAAACAGAACGUGCUCUCUGCUCCCUCCCUUUCUCUGUGUAGUUACAGAAGAUGUGAGAGAAAAAAAAGCCUAACAGAAACUUGAUCUUUUGCCGCCCGGCGUAUAAAUAGAGUGUAAUCUAUGUCAGUGUGGGGCAGCGGUGGAGAUGGGACCGUUUCCACUGCUAUUUUAGGGGUCUUUCGCCUCAGUCUCUGCCCUGCGAACAGGCUUAUGGUAAGGUAAUACACAUAGUCAGUCAGCUCACAGGAUGACUAGCAGGGACCGUGUCCCAGAAACCACUCUACAAUGAGUUUGGUCCUUGGUUGAACUGAUUUUGUCAUAUCUAUUUGUGAUCCUAGCCAAUAGCCUAUUGUAAAAGUAUGAUCAUUUAAAUUAUUGAUGAUCAAAUUUUUAUACUGCCGUAUUUUACACUUCCCAUAGCCUACAGUUUUAUUGUUAUGGGGCUAACCCUCUUUUAAUGGCUGUUCAUGUUAACGAUUAUUAUUCAAUGUUAAACAGUUACUGUUAAAUUCA